CAAGGAUGCAGCUGCGGCCGACAUCCUGUCCAGCACCUUGGAGAGAGAAGAAGAAAGAAAAGAAGUGGGAAACUGUACAGUAAACAACACGACUCACUAACAUAAAGCAGCACUUCCUCGAAGCGUAAUAUACAGCACGUUAUGGCCGACUCUGUGGCAGCCGAGGAACAGAAAUUCUGUCUUCGAGAGGUCCUCGACACUUUCAAGUCAUGUCUGUCGGAAAAUAAAGAAGUCUACAUUGAACACUACAUUGCUGGGUGGCGUGGUCUUGUUAGGUUUUUGAACAGCUUGGGAAGUGUCUUCAGCUUCAUCUCUAAGGAUGCUGUCAACAAAAUCCAGAUCCUGGUCAACUACAUCAAUGGUGAGAACGGGUCUCACUAUGCAACCAUCCAGUCUAUGGUCAAGUAUGAGCUGGAGAAUGGACUGGUGGACCUAAACAAGAGAGGAAGCCAUCCAGAGUCAGGCUGCCGUACCCUGCUGAGGCUCCACCGGGCACUGAGGUGGCUGGAGCUCUUCCUGGAGCGCCUCCGCACCAGCACUGAGGACAGCAAGACGUCUGUCAUGUGUGCAGAGGCCUACAACGAGUCUCUGGCCCAGCACCACCCCUGGGUGGUGCGAAAGGCUGCAGGCAUGGCCUUCUGCGUCCUCCCUGGGCGCCCUACUUUCUUUGAGGUGAUGAAUGUCGGCACUCCAGAGCAGGUGGUGGCCAUGCUCGGGGACGCCCUGCCUCUAAUCUCUGAGGUGUACCAGAUUACUGAAGAACUUUAUUCUCAGCAUAAUCUGCUUCAGUUACCUUAGUGUGUCAUACUAAUUUUUGCAGCUAGCACAGGAGUGCAGAAGUGAUGCGUCCCUCUUGUUAACUUGAUGUGUUGGAUGAUGUUGCCCUGCUUGUUCAUUGUCAAACUACAACAGCUGCUCUUUUUAUUUUAUGAUCAAGGUGUAUAUAUUAUCUGUACUGUCUUGGGCACUGACGAUUUGGUAUAGUUUUCCACAGAUGCUAGACCAAGUCAGACAUGGUGGGAUCGAUCAGACCAAUGAAUGUUGAUGCAUCAUUACAUGUACCUGUUGAAUCUGUUCAGGCUACUCAGUCCAGUCUAAUGUGUAACUAAUAUUGAUAAAUUGUUAAAGGUAAUGGUGUCAUGUUUAUCAUUAAUCAUGAUGAUGUAUCUCUGUGUGAUUUCAUAAAUUUAGCUGUCCUGAGUAGUUUUAUUUUUUCAGAGAAUGGAUGAAGGGAACAGUAUGAUCUCACUGUAAUUUUUACAUUUAAACAUUUAUAGUUACCUCAUGAAAUAGUUUACAGUAUCUCUACACAGUAUCUACACAGUAUCUCUAUGUAUAUUCAAUGAGUUGUUAAUGAUUUAAUGUGAAUGAAUGUUGUAUAAACAUUACAAAAUGCAUUUUGCAACAAUUGCAGUUGUAGGCUACCUAUUCCAAAACAGUGUAGCCUAAUAAAAAAAUUUUGACUCGC